GCGGGAUACCUUUUAUCGCAGAUAUAUCUAUGGGAAAACACUACUUUGAAUUAACGAAACCACCAAAUAUAUGUAAUUUUUUUUCGCGUAGAACAUUAGGUUAGUUUAAAUAGCCCCUCCCCACCCUGCUUUUCUUAAAUUUUCCCACAGCAAAAAAUGUAUGCUAAUGGGCAGACGUGAAGUCUUUAAAUGGACGAACCCACAUGAAGCGACUCAGUGACAGGCUUCGUCUGCCUUUGAGUGUCACCUCGCUUGACCUCGUGGACAGGACCUUCUGUGACUGCACGUGACAGUUCCUCCUCGCUGUCUGCUGAUUUACCUGGCGUGAAGGUAAGAUUGGCUAAGAUUGUCUCGACAGCUCACAUCACAAAACAAUUUGCUGCUUCAUCACAGCGACCUCCACCUCAGCCUGUUUCCCUGCCACUGAGCAGCAUGGCGCUGACGAUGCUUGCCUUUGGGGCCGUGAUCCUCCUUAUUGUGCACAGCUCAACACUUGCACAAACAACAAGAUCAUCAGGUCGACCAAUAACAACCACUAAAGCAAGGACAUCAGGUCCGACAAGAACCACAAGAUCAAGGACCACAGGUUCACCUAUUACACCUAGAGCUGCUAGAACAUUAAGUACGACAGCCACAACUACAACCACAUCCACAUCGACAUCCACAUCCACAACCAUAAGGACAGAUUCAACACCUACAACCACAACAACAUGGACAUCAAGCCCAUUUACAACCACAACCACACUGACAUCAGCUGCAACUGCUACGACAUCAGAUACUACUCCCACAUCUACAACAACGACAACGACAUCAGAUUCAACACCUACAACCACAACAACAUGGACAUCAAACCCAUUUACAACCACAACCAUACUGUCAUCAGGUUCUAUGCUCACAGAUACAGCAACAACCUCAAAUAUUACUCCCACAUCUACUACAACAACAACAACAACGACAUCAGUGUGCUCUGUGAAUGCUACGACUCUGGAUGCUGUACCUGGGCAAGUUGGUCACGUGACAUCUCCUAACUACCCGUCCCCCUAUUACAACAACGCCGACUGUCGGUGGCUGAUAUACGCUGGCAGUGGUUAUGUUGUGAAGGUGACUGUCUUGAACUUCAGUCUGGAGACGGGGUUUGAUUUCUUGGAGUUAUACAACGGGAUCGAGCCAUCCAGUUCAUCCCUCAUUAUCAGGACCAGUUCCACGCCCCAACAGUCAGUCAUCCACAGCAGUGGGCAGUACAUGUACAUCAGGUUUUACAGCGACGGCUCCGUCACGUACUCAGGCUUCAGGCUGACAUACGAGGCCGUUGAUCAGCAGUCUGUGCCAACGUCUGUUUGUACUUCUAACGGGACAAAUUUAUCUGCUGUACCCGGGCAAGUCGGUUACCUGCUGUCUCUUUAUUGGCCGUCUGUCUAUUCCGGCUUCAUCUCCUGCUCGUGGACGAUAAAUUCUACCAGUGGCUAUGUCGUCAGAUCAAGUAUCUUGAACGUUACUAACCCUGAGUUCUCCUUCUACAUCAGAAUUUAUGACGGUAUGUCGGAAUCAUCCCCUCCACUUGGUCAGUUCUCCAGUAUGCCGUCACAAACCGUGUAUUACAGCUCUGGACAGUCCAUGUACAUCACACUUACUACCUACGGUCUCAGCCCAAACUCAUUAUUUAAUCUCACCUACGAGGCCGUGGAUCAGUUGUCUGCCCCCACGUCUGUGUGUACUUCUAACGGGACAGCUUUCUCUGCUGUACCUGGACAAGUCGGUUACCUGUCGUCUCUAUACUACCCGUCUGUUUAUUCCGGCUUCAUCUCCUGCUCUUGGAGGAUAAACUCUAUCAGUGGCUAUAUCGUCAAGGCAACUAUCUUGAACGUUACUAACCCUCAGUUCUACUUCUACAUCGGGAUUUAUGACGGUAUGUCAGCCUCAUCCCCUUCACUUGCCUCGAUCUACAGCAUGCCAUCACAAACCGUGUAUUACAGCUCUGGACAGUCCAUGUACAUCACACUUACUACCUACGGUCUCAGCCCAAACUCAUUAUUUAAUCUCACCUACGAGGCCGUGGAUCAGCUGUCUGCCCCCACGUCUGUGUGUACUUCUAGCGGGACAAAUUUCUCUGCUGUACCCGGGCAAGUCGGUUACCUGACGUCUCUGUACUACCCGUCACUGUAUUCAGGCUUCAUCUACUGCUCGUGGACAGUAAAUUCUCCCAAUGGCUAUGUUGUCAAGGCGACUGUGUUGAACGUUACUAACUAUGACCUCUACUUCUACAUCACAAUUUAUGACGGUAUGUCAGCCUCAUCCCCUUCACUAGCCUCGAUCUCCAGUAUGCCGUCACAUACCGUGUAUUACAGCUCUGGACAGUCCAUGUACAUCACACUUACUACCUACGGUCUCAGCCCAAACUCAUUAUUUAAUCUCACCUACGAGGCCGUGGAUCAGUUGUCUGCCCCCACGUCUGUGUGUACUUCUAACGGGACAACUUUCUCUGCUGUACCCGGGCAAGUCGGUUACCUGCCGUCUCUAUACUACCCGUCUGUCUAUUCCGGCGUCAUCUCCUGCUCGUGGCCAAUAAAUACUACCUAUGGCUAUGUCGUCAAGGCGACUGUUUUGAACGUUACUAACUCUGAGUUCUACUUCUACAUCACAAUUUAUGACGGUGUGUCAGCCUCAUCCCCUUCACUUGCCUGGAUAUCAAGCAUGCCAUCACAAACCGCGUAUUACAGCUCUGGACAGUCCAUGUACAUCACACUUACUACCUACGGUCUCAGCCCAAACUCAACUUUCAGUUUCACCUACGAGGCCGUGGAUCAGUUGUCUACCCCCACGUCUGUGUGUACUUCUAGCGGAACAAAUUUCUCUGCUGUACCCGGGCAAGUCGGUUACCUGACGUCUCUGUACUACCCGUCACUGUAUUCUGGCUUCAUCUCCUGCUCUUGGACAGUAAAUUCUAACAUUGGCUAUGUUGUCAAGGCGACUGUGUUGAACGUUACUAACUAUGACCUCUACUUCUACAUCACAAUUUAUGACGGUAUGUCAGCCUCAUCCCCUUCACUUGGUCAGUUCUCCAGUAUGCCGUCACAAACCGUGUAUUACAGCUCUGGACAGUCCAUGUACAUCACACUUACUACCUACGGUCUCAGCCCAAACUCAUUAUUUAAUCUCACCUACGAGGCCGUGGAUCAGUUGUCUGCUCCCGCGUCUGUGUGUACUUCUAACGGGACAACUUUCUCUGCUGUACCCGGGCAAGUCGGUUACCUGCCGUCUCUAUACUACCCGUCUGUCUAUUCCGGCUUCAUCUCCUGCUCGUGGCCAAUAAAUACUACCUAUGGCUAUGUCGUCAAGGCGACUGUGUUGAACGUUACUAACUCUCAGUUCUACUUCUACAUCUCAAUUUAUGACGGAGUGUCAGCCUCAUCCCCUUCACUUGCCUGGAUCUCCAGCAUGCCAUCACAAACCGUGUAUUACAGCUCUGGACAGUCCAUGUACAUCACACUUACUACCUCCGGUCUCAGCCCAAACUCAACUUUCAGUCUCACCUACGAGGCCGUCGAUCAACUGUCUGCCCCCACGUCUGUGUGUACAUCUAACGGGACAACUUUCUCUGCUGUACCCGGGCAAGUCGGUUACCUGCCGUCUCUAUACUACCCGUCUGUCUAUUCCGGCUCCAUCACCUGCUCGUGGACGAUAAUUUCUUCAAAUGGCUAUAUCGUCAAGGCAACUAUCUUGAACGUUACUAACCCUCAGUUCUACUUCUACAUCGUGAUUUAUGACGGUAUGUCAGCCUCAUCACCUUCACUUGCCUCGAUCUACAGCGUGUCGUCACCAACCGUGUAUUACAGCUCUGGACAGUCCAUGUACAUCAGGAUUACUACCUACGGACUUAGCCCAAACUCUAUAUUCUUUCUCACCUAUGAGGCUGUGGAUCAGUUGUCUGCUGGGCCGUCCGUGUGCUCUGUCAAUGCUCCAACUAUUUAUGCUGUACCUGGCCAAGUUGGUUACCUGACGUCUCCUAACUACCCCUCUCCCUAUUACAACAACGCCGACUGUCGGUGGCUGAUAGUCGCUGGCGAUGGUUCUGUUGUGAGGAUCACUGUCUUAAACUUCAAUCUGGAGCCAGGGUGGGAUUACUUGGAGUUAUAUAACGGCUCCCAGAUAUCCAGUUCAUCCCUCAUUAUCAGGACCAGUUCCACGCCCCAACAGUCAGUCAUCUACAGCACUGGGCAGUACAUGUACAUCAGGUUUUCCAGCGACAGCAUCAUUUCGUACACGGGCUUCAGGCUGACAUACGAGGCCGUUGACCAGCAGACUGUGUCCACGUCUGACGUUUGUCCUGUCAACGGUACUGCUUUGUCUGCUCUUUCUGGUCAAGUCGAUUAUCUGAGGUUCCCCAACCACCCGUCUAGCGAUUCCAAUAACACCGGCUGCCGAUGGUUAAUCAACUCUACUAUUGGUGAUGUUGUCAAAUUGACUGUCUUAAGCGCCAGUUCGGACUUCUUUUACUACAUCCAGAUUUUUGACGGUAUAUCUGAGUCCUCCCCUACACUUGUCACGUUCUAUGGCAUGCCACUUCAGACAGUCUACUACAGCUCUGGACAGUACAUGUACAUCAGGUACACCGGCUACGGGUCUGUCAACAACUCCGGCCUCAGGGUCACAUACGAGGCUGUGAAUCAACAGUCUGUACCGACAUGGGGUUCAACAACUACAAGCACAGUACCAAGAGCAUCUGACCCCUACACCUGUAGAUGCUCGUGUGUCUCUACCUGUUCGCCCCCAUAAUGUCAUCACCAACAACUGAUUUCUGGAGGUUAUACGGUGUCGAUUAAAAGAUGCUCAAAUGACAGCCUCAUAAUGGUCGUCAGAACACAUCCCGAUCUGACCUUUGAUUCAAGACCCUUAAUUUUGCUUUUGUUUGUAAUCAGCACCUACUUUACCUACAUUAAGAAAAAGCAUUAUUUUAUACAAAAACUGUAUAUAUAUAUAUAAAUAAAAUAUAUACAUUGUGCUAUGGACAAAUCCUGUAAACACUUUAGAUAAAGAACACAGCAUACUAAAGACAUCACCUGUAGACACUUUAGGUAAUAAAUACUGUAUACUAUAAAUGUAAAUGGGGACAGGUUGGGUAUUAACUAGUGUCACGUGAUAGAUUCCAAGAUUCCAAUUUGUAGGAGUAGGCCUGAGCCCAUUUCAAGAGGAACCAACAGAAGCCAUCAUAAUUAACAUUUUCAUAAACUUUAGUGUGAAAAAAUACAGUUAACUUUUGAUAGUACAAAUAUCUAAGAUGUACGGCAACAUUAUUACUUUACAUCCUAACAUGGAUAGUUAUUGAGAUUAAUUAUGUAGAUUGAUUAUGUUCCCAUAACUAUUUAAACUAAAUGGAAAAACUAUAGAAUUGAACUAAAGCAAAGGAAAAUCUACAAUCUACGAUUCAAAUUAAAAAAUUAGGCAUUUCAGAAUGUAUCAGAUUGAUUGAUCCUUUAUUACUUCGAGGGCAUAGCUUCAGCAAGGGUGUAAGAGCACAUUUAAAAACUGCUUUACAUAUAAUCCAGUAAUAAGUAAUGUCAAAACCAGUUAUUCUCAAAUUCUGUACUCAAACACACACACACAUAUAUAAAUACACUUCAAAAAGCAGCAUUUGUGAAUAUAACUACCCUCUCAUAUACAUAUAUUGCUUAUACACCAUUAUAACAAAUAUCAACACCAUAUAUAUUUACAUCAUAAAGGAGAAAACCUUCUCACAGUCUUUGGCUAUCAAAAAAAAAACUUAGAGAAGGUGGGGGGGUAAACAAUUAUCAUGUUUAACAUAUACGUUAUACUCUAUGAACUUCCUGAAUGUAAUGGGCUUUAAUUAAAGCCCACAACUUUUCUUAUCUCCGAUGCGUUGUAAACAAAAGAGGCAAGAUUUAAAUUAAUUGGCAUUGUUAUCUGACAUCACGAGUGUGAAAUAGAAAAGGUAGGGUGUUUAGAGUAUUUUUGGUGCGGUGGUAGACCAGUUGUGCGCCCUGGCCAAACACUAAUCAACAAGAGUCAUAAGGUCAAAGUUUUUGUGCGAUAUCGAAUUAUCAUCCUCAUGUAUUAAAAAAGCUUGCUUUUGGCAAUAUUAUUACUCUUGCAGCAUAUCUUUCAGAUGAGUGAGGGAACUAUUUACUAUAUAUAUAUAUGCAAUUUUCUUUACUGUUUCUAAUCCUGUUUAGGGUGCUUUGCUAAUAGACUUGAUAGGUUAUUGCUAUGUUUUCUAUAUCUGGUUUUAUUAUAGAUUAUGUUUAACAUGCUAUUUUUUGUAGCUGAUACUUUACCAUCUGUUUUAUUGAUUUCUUUACUACUUACACCGCUUAAUUCUGUUGUUUUAAAUACAUAUCUACCCUGCCUACUAGUUUUAGCUGCAUAAGUAAACAUCUUUGUAUUUUUGAUGCUAUGGGACGUUCACAAACAAUUUAAACAGUCAUCGAAAAUAAAUAUGAAGGACUACUUAGCCAUCACCUAAACUAUAUUAUUACUAUUUCUUAACUAUGAAGAUGUAUUUCAGCUAUUUUAUCUGUAUUGAUGAUGAGAAGAUCAAGUGCUGUAUACUUUUGAUUAUCGUUACAUUUCCUGAAAAAUGUACGUCACUAAUAUGUCUUAUUGUUUAUGUUCUACUGUGACAAGAAGGUCCACAGGAAUAGCUACACAUUUUCAUUAUGUUGACUUUUUCCAGAUUGUAAUAUCUCAAAAAACAAGUAAUCAGAUUUUAGUUCAGCGGAAAAGUAUGUGAAAUAAAGGGGUUCGCAUGCACAA